UGUAUACUUAGAAAGAUUACACCUUGUGAAGUCCGUUAACAGUUUAUAAUUUCACCAGUUUCAUAGAUUUAGAUACUGAAAAAUUGCAGCACUUUCAAGUACGAUCAAUCAAAUCAAAUACAGACGUAAUGAUGAUGCGUGUUCUGCCUGUGAUGUUGUUGUUUAUCUCUGUUGCUAUGGUGAUUGGCUGUCCAGAAUUGUGUGAGUGUGUCGAUUACAGGGUCCACUGUAAUAAAACUGGGUUAUCUACCAUACCAGAUGAUUUACCGCCAACAACAAAAGUUCUGUCUGUUUCAAGCAAUCAGAUGACUAAGAUAAACAGUAAUGCACUCAACAAUAUGUCAAACCUACUUGUUUUGGACUUGUCAGACAAUUUGAUCUCAGUUAUAAAUGGAUCAAUGUUCGAAGGCCUCAACAAUUUAUCGACACUGAGGAUGGAUUCCAACAAAUUGACGACUCUUGACGAAUAUACAUUUAUAUCUUUGACUGAAUUGGACUUUUUGCGCCUUGAUAAGAACGAGCUGUCAGAAAUUAGUCCUUCUGCGUUUAAGAAUCUCUCAAGUCUGAGAACAUUGCGAAUUGAUUACAACAUGUGGACAACAAUUGGCGAUUUCACUUUUGAGUCUCUGACCGCAUUAGAGAUUUUACGACUAGACAACAAUCGACUUACCAGAAUUGCUGAAACUGCCUUUAAUGAUCUAUCAAGUUUGAGAAUCUUACGGUUCGAUAACAACUUUCUUACUUCAACCAGUGGCCUUCAAAAUUGUACAGCAUUGCAAGUACUCUGUUUGAAUGGUAACAGAUUGACAGUCAUUGACCAGUUUGCCUUCAAGAAUUGUGUUAAUCUGGAAACACUGCGGUUGGAGAACAAUCUUAUUACAUCAAUUCACAAGAGAUCUUUUGAGAGUUUAGUCAAAUUAAAAAUCCUGCGAAUAGAAAACAACAAGUUAACAUCAAUUGAGACCCCUACAUUUACAUACCUUGUCAAUUUGAAAACUCUGUAUUUUUUCGACAAUAGGUUGGAAACAAUAGACGAAGAUGCAUUCUCAAAUAUGGAAAAAUUAGAAAUCUUACGUUUGACUGGCAAUAAGUUAGCGACUUUAGAAGAGAAUACCUUUCUGUCUCUGCAAUCACUACGAUUUUUGCAUUUGCAUACCAAUCAACUGACGACAUUUGGCGGUAACACUUUCCAGCCUCUGACUAACCUAGAGGUGUUGACAAUAAACAAUAACUUUUUGGUUUGUGAAUGCAGUCUUCAUCCAUUUGUCAAGUGGUUGAAUCAGACAAAAAGCAAAGUGAUCGGUGCCACCUGUAAUGACACAAAUAUUCAGGUCACAGAUUUUCCGUUCAGGAAAUGCUAUGAUGAAGGCGUGAAUGCCACUGAAAUAACAGAAUUUGUUCCAGCAGCUGAUGAUGAUAGUAUUGGAAUAGUUUUACUUUCAACGAUCAUGGCUGGAUGUGUAUUGUUUAUAGUCGCAGUGUGUUUGUGCAUCAAGUGCAGAACAAACCGUAAAGAUAUGUUCGACCAUAGCGAAUUAACAAAUUCCAAAAGCUUGGACAGGAGCUUAAGUGGUACUCAGUCAAAAUCAGCAUCGUAAAAUGGAUAAUACGGGAAGCUGAAAAAGUUGACAAACAC